AUGAAGUUUCUCUUGACAACUUCUUACCUUCUUUAUGCUUCAACAUCGGACGCUUUUGUACCUUUGAUUCCAGUCAAAUCACUUGCAAAUCCAACACGAUCAGAAGCACAUCCACUUGACAACCAUGAUGAUGAUCGAAACAUAUCAGGCAAUACUAUCAAAUCGAGCUUCCCUGUGAGCCAAACGAUCCAGAGCGCACUUGCCGCUAUGGUUAUUACAAUGUCAACGUUGGUGGUAACUCCAUUACCCGCAACAGCUUCAUCCUAUGAUUCACUUUCGCCCGAACAAAAGUUUGCCGCAGAGGCAUGGAGAGAGGUCGAUAGCACCUUCUUGGACCGCACCUUCAAUGGACAAGACUGGUUCAAAAUGCGCCAAGAGCUGGUGAAGAAAAAGUAUAAAUCAAUGGACGAAGCUCAAGAUGCAGUAUCCAACCUAAUGUCCACGUUGGGCGACAAAUACACACGGUACCUGACACCUGCCAAGUAUCAAUCCAUUUUCGACACUGCCACCGGUUCGCUGGCCGGAGUUGGGGUCGAAAUUGCGACCAACAAGGAAGGAAUACCCAUGGUCUCUGAUGUGGAACCCAACAGUCCAGCACUUAAGGCUGGUCUUCUGCCCAUGGAUCUCUUUGUGGAAGGAGAUGGCUUCAAAUUCGACAAAUCGUCAACACCUGAUGAUGUCGCCAUGAAAAUACGUGGUCCAGAAGGUAGCAAGGUUGGAAUUACUGUGCUUCGAAAUGGAGAAACGAAGGAUUUCAUUGUUACUCGUCAGCCGAUCAAGGUGACUUCCGUGCGAAGUUACAUGAAGAACAGUGUGGGUGUAAUUCGAAUCAAGAGUUUUUCUGGAACGACUGCUGCCACUGUCAAGGAAACCUACCAAGACCUGAUCAAGAAAGGAGCCAAAAAGGUUGUCUUUGAUCUAAGAAGUAAUCCUGGUGGCCUUUUGCCUGGUGGGGUAGAAACUGCUGGAUUGUUCCUGGAAGCCAACAAGCCGGUAGUCUUUGUCGUCAGCAACAAAGGAGUCAUCGACUCGCAGGAAACCUUUCAAGCUGGAAUCGAUACAGAGACACCGCUCGUGAUAUUGGUGGAUCACAAUACAGCCUCUGCUGCUGAAGUCUUCACUGCAGCACUGAAGGAAAACGACCGUGCCACGGUUGUUGGAGAACAGACAUUUGGAAAGGGAAUCAUUCAAACCAUUCGGCCACUUUCUGAGAACAAUGGAGGUGUUGCUGUGACGUUGGCUCGCUACGAAACGCCAAAGCAUAAUGAUAUCAAUAAGGCAGGCAUCCCAGUGGAUAAAGAAACCGAUGUGGAAUGCCCCAAGGACAAUGCGUUCGCCUGUCUUCCACCCAACGUUUAA